CCUGUUCCAAAUCGGCAUCGCCCUCGUUCUUCUUCUUCUCUCUAAUAAUUCUUGUCCUUCCCUUUCUGCCUUUCUCCCUCUCUUUCUCUUGGUUACAAAAAUCAAAAGAUAUAAAAAGCGAGGAGGAGAUACUGCUCGUUUAUUCUUUGAUUCGAUCGAACCCUUUGAUUACGAAACCGAUCCCAAUUUCCAGUUCUCCCACCUUGUUGAAGUUCUUUAGGUUUUGGCAAAUCGAAUUGCUAUGGAGAACAAUUACAGCGGCAGCAACACCGCCAAUUCGAAGUCGGGUUCGGAAGCAGAACCCAAGCCUAACGACCCCGCCGUUAGGGAACAAGAAAACCAUCUUCCUAAAGACCCUAUUGUCCCAGCUCCGGUGACUAAUGGAGAAGCGGCGACCGCAGCAGCAGCGGUGGAAGAAGGUGGAGAGGAAAGCGACGUCGUCGACCUCGAGGAGGACGACGAGGUAGAAGAAGUAGAAGAGGAAGAAGACCGACAGCAGGAGGCUGCUCCUGCUCGCCAGUCUGCCGCAAGGACUCCUUUCACUAAUCUUAGUCAGGAAGAUGCUGACCUCGCUCUCGCUCGUACCCUCCAAGAACAGGAAAGAGCAUACAUGAUGCUAAGUCGUGCAUCGAUGAGCCUAGAUGGAGAGACUGAAUGGGUAGGAGGUGGAAGCUAUUUGGGAGAAGAUGAAGACGAUGAAGAUUUUGAUGACCCUGAUGAUGUCAGUGAUGGACAUGAGUAUAAUGAGCAUGAGUAUGGUGAAAGUGAAGAGUUGGGUGAGGAUGAUGUAGAUGCUUUUGACGUCCAUGCUCGUGCUGAAGUUGUUGAUGAUGAUGGUCCCAACCUUGAAGAAAUGGACCCUUCUGCAUUUUCGAGUGAUGAGGCUUAUGCUAGAGCGUUACAGGACAACGAAGAAAGAGAGAUGGCUGCAAGACUGUUUGCCCUUGCUGGGAUAAAUGAUAGGGCAGUUGAAUAUGUUGAACAGCAUGGUGCCCAUUCUCAGGUACAAAUGGUUGAAAAUCGUGUUCUUGUCCACCUCACGCUGGCUACCAUAUACAAUUUUCCUGUGGCUAAUAGGCAAGCCCUGGAUGUGCAGGAUACAUGGGAGGAAGUCGACCCAGAUGAACUUUCUUAUGAGGAGCUGCUUGCUCUGGGAGAAGUAGUUGGAACUGAAAGCAGAGGGCUGUCAGCCGAUACCAUUGCCAACCUCCCCAGCGUGAACUACAAGUCCGGAAGCAACGAGAGUGGAACUAGCGAUUCGUGUGUGAUAUGUCGGUUGGAUUAUGAGGAUGAAGAGACCGUGACGGUACUGUCCUGCAAACAUUCGUACCACGCAGAGUGCAUCAACAAUUGGUUGCAAAUAAACAAGGUAUGUCCUGUUUGCAGUACAGAGGUUUUGACGGUGGCCGGAGGAAGCCAGUCGUCCUAGCUUUUGUGAUAGGUAAUGUCUGGAGGGACAGCUCCGUCGAGGGGGAAGGGUAGCGGAAGCCUAGGACAUUUGAAUACUGUAUUUCAGUGUAUAUGUAAUUGGUAGGGUAUGAUUCUGGGAUUUAAGUUUCCGCAUGAGACAUUAUUUCUCCGACCUGGGGUUUCGAAAGUGGGGAAAAGAGAUCACUUCUGGUUCUGGGGAUUUGUCGGUGGUUUCGUCGUUUUCUCUUUCUCGUGAUUUCUGGAGGUGGGGAAGUAACGUCUCUGUUCGGCUUUUCUUUUCUUUCCCUGAAUCAGGCCCCAAGCCACCAACACAUGUUUGUUCACCCUUAUCGUUUCACAAGUUACUUGUCGUGAGAUUAUUCUCUUUAA